AUGGAGUACACGUCAUCCCCGAAACCGCAGCUGUCAUCCCGGGCAAAUGCUUUUUCCAUAGCGGCCCUGAUGUCCAGCGGGAAGCCGAGCAAGGACAAGGAGACGGAGGAGAGCACCAUCAAGCCGCUGGAGCAGUUCGUGGAGAAGUCCUCGUGCAACCAGGCUCUGGCGGACCUGUCCUCCCUGGACGCGCACGGCGGCGACUUCAGCGGGAGCGCGCCCUCGGUGUGCACGGAGCCCCUCAUCCCCACCAACCCCGGCGUCCCCAGCGAGGAGAUGGCCAAGAUCUCGUGCACCCUGGAGACCAAGGAGCUGUGGGACAAAUUCCACGAGCUGGGAACCGAGAUGAUCAUCACCAAGUCCGGAAGGAGGAUGUUCCCCACCAUCCGGGUCUCUUUCUCCGGGGUGGACCAGGACUCGAAGUACAUCGUGUUGAUGGACAUUGUCCCGGUGGACAACAAGCGGUACCGGUACGCCUACCACCGCUCCUCCUGGCUGGUGGCCGGCAAGGCCGACCCUCCUCUGCCCGCCAGGCUGUACGUGCACCCGGACUCCCCGUUCACCGGAGAGCAGCUGAUGAAGCAGAUGGUUUCCUUCGAGAAGGUGAAGCUGACGAACAACGAGCUGGACCAACACGGACACAUCAUCCUGAACUCGAUGCACAAGUACCAGCCCCGAGUCCACAUCAUCAAGAAGAAGGAGCACACGGCCUCGCUGCUCAACCUCAAGUCCGAGGAGUUCCGCACCUUCGUCUUCGUGGAAACCGUCUUCACCGCUGUCACAGCCUAUCAGAACCAGCUGAUAACCAAACUGAAGAUUGACAGCAACCCGUUCGCCAAAGGUUUCCGGGACUCGUCGCGGCUGACGGACAUGGAGAGGUACAGGGGAUUCUGGGUCCUGCACUGUUUGGAAAGUGUUGAGAACCUGAUCCACAAGCACUCGUACGCCCGGUCGCCGAUCAGGACCUACACCGGGGACGAGGACAACCUGGGUGAGGACAUCCACUCCGCACACGCCAGAGGUUCAGCGUUCUCCGCCUCAGACAACCUGUCUCUCAGCUCCUGGGUCACCACCACGUCGGGCUUCUCUGGCUUCCAGCACCCACAGUCCCUGUCGGCCAUGAGCGCUGGCGCCGGCUCCCUGCCCCACCCCAUCCAGGGCUCCCUCCCCCCCUACAGCCGGCUGGGCAUGCCGCUGACGCCCAGUGCGCUGGCCGGCACCAUGCAGGGCAGCGGGCCGUCCUUCCCCUCCUUCCACAUGCCCCGCUACCACCACUACUUCCAGCAGGGGCCCUACGCCGCCAUCCAGGGACUGCGCCACUCCUCCACGGUCAUGACGCCCUUCGUAUGA